AUGGAUACUUCUGUAACGCAGACGACGAUGACGACGACGACUCAGCCUCGUGAAGAAGAUGAUGAUGAGUGGGACACCGAUGGGUUUGUGAUUCCGAGCUUGGAGAUUGAACAAGACAAGGUUAAUGAUUCACAACAUGACACAUCAAAACCUUCUCCUCCUCAAAUUAAAGCUGAAGAAAGCAUCUACCUAGGACCACAUGGAGGAGCUCCUUCCUCGCAGCCACAAGACGGCAAUGUAUCGAGCAGGAAGCAACGGUUUAAGCAGAAGCUCAAGGAAGCAGACCAGAAAAUGAAUGUGUCUGGUCGAGAAAACAAAGUUGCCAACUUAAGAGAGCUUGUAGGCGGCGUUGAGAAAGGAAGUAAUAUUUCAAAUGGUGUUUCAAGAGACUGGCUUGACCCACAUUGCCAUGAGUCUCAGUUCGAGAAACGUCAACCACUGUAA